AUGUUACGUUACGUGCGCAAGUACAAGAGCAUGAUCCUGGAAGAUUUGGAGUCAGCGUUGUUGGAGCACGCACCUGCGCCGCAGGAGGUUAACUCCGAGCUGCCCCCGCUCACCAUCGACGGGAUUCCGGUCUCGGUGGAUAAAAUGACCCAGGCCCAGCUGAGGGCUUUCAUCCCUGAAAUGCUGAAAUACUCAACGGGUCGCGGAAAGCCAGGCUGGGGGAAGGAGAGCUGCAAACCGAUUUGGUGGCCAGAGGACAUUCCCUGGGCUAACGUCCGCAGCGAUGUCCGGACAGAGGAGCAGAAGCAGAGGGUAAGUUCUUGA